GAGCAGCCCACCCAACGCCAUGCCCUGCUGGGGAAUACCAGCCGGCCAGGGGCUCUGCAUCCUGCAUUCCAUGCCAGAGAGGAUUCUACUGCCAGGAGCUGGUGUCAGGAGAUCCCAAGCGCUGCCCACCACACUCUUACUGUCCUACAGGUUCACUGAAACUUGCAUACCAGCUAUGCCAAGGAUUCAAAUGUCGUGUGCCUCACUGUGAUCCCAGACUUGUACAAACCUAAUGUGUGUCUUCCUGUAGGCCAGGUGAUGAGGAGGUGGCAAUGAGCAAGCGUGGCAUAGUUGCCGCCUUGCUUUUCUGGGAGUCAUUUGUUAUACUCUGACACAGUUCUAGAGUCCUGCCAAAUCACAACAGUCUUUCUAGGACUCUUUAUUGUCUCUGUGGUCUCCCUUUCAGGCACAUGGGUUCCUUUCACGUGUCCUGAAGGCACCUUCACUCCUGUAAAUAUGACUGGCCUCUGGAAUGAGAAGGAAUGCCUGCCUUGCUUGCCUGGUCACUACUGCAGGCGUGGACAGCUGGAGGGGAAGUGUGCUGCUGGAUACUUCUGCCUUGCUGGGAGCUCUCAAUCUACUCCACAGGGCCACAGCUUUUCCUGGAGCCUCCUGGCAGGGUGCCGCUGGGGUCAGGUGUGUGCAGGGCUGUGUCCUGCAGGUUUCUACUGCCUGGAAGGAUCUGAGGUACCUAUACCAUGUCCUGCCAAUACUAUUAGAGAUGUUCCAGGGGCUGUGAAGAGAGAAGAUUGCCUGCCCUGUCCACCGGGCCACUGGUGCAAAGCAGGGGAUUCGGAAGCAUAUCCAUGUCCAUCAGGACACUAUUGCUUGGGAGGCAACAGCAGCGACCACAGCAGUCUUCUGGUACCUCAGAAAUGCCCACCACAAACUUACCGCAAGCACCCAGGGGCUCAGAGCCUGGCAGAUUGCCAGCCAUGUCCUCCAGGCUAUCACUGCCCUUUAUCGGGUCUGACCAGGUUUGAGGAUUAUCCCUGCCCCCCUGGAUACUGGUGCCCUGGUAAAGGAGAUGUUUUCCUUUGUCCAGCUGGCACUUCCAGGAUCCAGCCUGGUGCAAAAUCAUUGGAAGAGUGUGAUCCCUGCUCACCUGGAUACUAUUGCCCGGAUCCGGCACAGACAGGGCUGCCUAACACCCAAGGGGUGCCUUGUGAACCUGGCUAUGAAUGCCCAGCAGGUUCAGUAAAUCCAAAACCUUGCAGGCCUGGCCGAUACUGUGAUACUCGCACAGCCGUGCCUUCAGUGUGCCCUGCUGGCUAUUACUGUCCUGAAGGAUCGUCGACAUACAAUAGCCCUGAGCAGCUGUGUGUAUUUCCCCACUACUGCCCCCCAGGCAGUGCCCAUCCACUGUCUUGUGAAGGCGGGUAUAUGGCCCUCGGCUUGCCUGGUCCAAGGGAUUCAUCUGAGAAGUUCUGCAGAAUCUGUGAUGCAGGCACCUAUCGCAGUGACACUCUCAUCACGGCACCCUGUCAGCCCUGCCCAGCAGGCUUCAUCUGCCCACAAGGCAGCGAGAAUUACCACAAGAAACCUUGCCCCAGUGGCCAUUACUGCCCUCCCCUGGCAUCUGCCCCUCUGCCCUGUCCCCCGGGGACCCAUGGGAGCAGCAGCUUCGCAAAGCGUAUAGAGGAUUGCCAGGCCUGUCCUGCUGGCACCUUCAAUCACCUUCCUGCUCAGGCUGCCUGCUUCCCCUGUGGCAGCUCGUCUUCCUCUCAGCCUGGUGCUAGCAGCUGUACCUGCCGUGGGCUGAACCGGGCUUUCCAGCAGUCAGAUGCCUCCUGUAUCUGCCGGGCAGGUUACGUUUACUAUGAUGAGAGAGGCAAGAAAGACCCUGACAGCAACAGCGAUCAGGACUGCCAACCUCAGGUGGAUGAGCUCUGUGCUCCUGGAGAGGUCCGUCUGGCAUCUACGCGCCAGUGCGUUUUUCCUGAGCGAUAUGACUGCUCUCCUUCUUGUGGACCUGCAGGUGGAGAGAUUAAUGCAGAGCUGGGCAUAUGUCACUGCAAGCAGUAUGUCUCUGCUGAGGAGCUCUGUGACCAGCUGUGUUUGCUGAAAGCCCCACAGAUCACCUUGGGAUUUGGCAUCAAUAGAGAGCUGCUUCUGAGGAUGAAUGAAGGAGAAGUGCGGGAAGUGGCAAACGUCCUGGGCCCAGAUGAACAUGUGCAGAAAAGCCAGCGGGUGCAUUUAGUUCUGUUUUGUCCCACUGGGGUGCUGGGUUUCAUUGUCUCCAACACCGAUGUUCUGGAUGCAUUUCUCACUGGAGAUUUUUCAUCAGAUCAGUUGCUGCAGAAAGGCCGUCGAGUCCAGAGGACUUCCUCCAAAGAUAUCCAUGCCUUGCCCCUUGUUCCUAACCCAGUAGUAUGUUUGGAAGCAGGAGACACGAUCCUUUUCCAGCUUAGCAUCAAUUCCCACAGUCGUUCCUCCAGCCAUUACCCUGUUUAUCAGAAGCAGCAUCUAUAUAACAACAACCCAGGCUGGGAUUUUGGACCCUUCCGAAGGCUAGACCACCUUAUCCAGGAGACUCACCUCAACAUCUCCUGGUAAUAUCUGCUGUGAUUAAUAGUGCAUGUGUUACGGGCAGGAUUUAAGACUGAGUCUUUCAUGAAAUCAGUAGGUCCUUGGCACUGAGCAG